AUGUCAAGAGCAAAUAGUCCCGCAGCUCCACAAGGAAAUAAUGCAAACCAACAAGUGGCAGGUAAUUUUGGAGCAGCCGUGAGGAGACCGCGGGAUGAAAAUGUACCGCCUCCUCCUCCUGCUGCUGCUGCUGCCGCUCAGCCUCCACAAAUACGGCAGAGAACUGAAGGGGGGCCCAACUGGACUAUGGAUAGUAAGGUGAGGGAUGUGCUGCUGGAAGAUGCGCUGCUGCAACGGUAUGAGGUUCUGCGUAAUAUGAAAUUGCAUGACCUUUUGAAUCAAUACUUCUCAAACACGUAUAACACAGAGAAUGUGGCCAUGUUUUUGUUUGUUAAGAAUCCCAGAAGAUAUAUUGUUGAUGCUGAGAUUCUUGAGGAUAUACAAGGCACUGAUGAGUUUAAAACAGUGAAGACAGCUAUUGAUCUGUCUGAGAAGGUAGACUACCUUGACGAAAAAGAAAUUUACUACCUCAGUCAGUGGGAGGAGAAGGGGAGAGGGGAAAUAAGGGAAUUUGUUGGUCCCAUGGCGAGGGGAAGGUUGGAUGGAGCGGUGACGGCCGCCAAGAGAGCGGAAAAGCGAGCUGCCCAAACAGCUGGUGGUGCUGUCGAACUGAAAGGAUUAUAUGAUUCCAUUUAUAAUGCGAAAUGGAGUUAUGUGAUGUCGGGUUAUCGUAGAGAGCCACUUGGAAUGAAAGUGUUCGAUGGAAGACCACAGAGCAUUUGGACCGAAGCGGAGGUGGAUAUAACUCCUGAUCCUACCAAUGUUGAUGCAGAGAUUGAGGAGAGACCCGAUGGUUUGGAGAUUUUCGUUCUCACUUCGGAGAAGGGUUGGCCAUACAACAGGUUUGCAUUGGAUUACACUACGGGGCGCAAAGUAGUAUUUCAGCACGUAUACAUCCGUCGUGAAAUUGUGCGCGUGUGGUAUAAAGUCGAAAAAGAUCUGAAAACAUGGUGGGUGGAAAAGACAGCUCACAGACCACCGAUACAUAUUGUUAUUGGUACACCUGGUAUUGGUAAAUCAUGUGGCCUUGGAUCAUUUUUGCUUCAUUCGUUGCUUCACUUCCAUGAAGGAAUGCUUGAUGUUGUUGCAUAUUUCACAGACACGAUCGCCUACUUAAUAUAUAACAGAAAGGGUGAUGAAAGAGGGAGGGUUGUGCGGUACGAAGAUUUGAGAGCUGCGGUCAACGCCAUAAAUAAAAUGAAAUUUGAAAACAGAGGACACAUUAUUAUGGACAUAAGGUAUGCAAUGCAGCAGCUUUACACUCAACUUCCCUCUGAUGUUUGGAGUGUAACUAUUUUCACUUCCCCGAAUAGUUCCCACUUUGGUAACUGGACUACAAAUACGGGAGGCCGCCAAAUUAUUAUAAACUGUGAUGAUGUGCGUGACAUGAAGGCAUUUGUGGCAUGGAAAAAACUGUCAAUACAUACAAGGGAAAAGGUAUCCAACAGAAGAAGAUACGAAUUGAGGAAGGAAAUGGAAGAUGAGUGGAGAAUAGUGGAGGGACGUAUUAAUUCAAUUGGGCUUUUGCCUCGUUAUAUAUAUUUGGUUUAAGCUGUUAUGAAUGGCGUCUGAAAAGAGUUCAUGAUGCGUUGGAAACUAUGAAGAAGUCGGGUGAAUAUUCCUAUAAUGAUAUUAUUGAGCAUACGGCUGCCUGGAAGAACAAUGAAGUUACGGACAAGUUGGUAAAGGUUGUAAGAGUGAAGGCAGAUGUUGGUGGAAUCGAAUCAUACAGUUGCCAAGCUCUAUCACUGAUGAUUCGAAAUAUGAUGUUGAGUUAA